UACACUUUGAGCGCGGGGGGGUCAACUUAAAAUUAUUCCCCACAGCAAAAGUUCUAAAGUGAAAUUUGAGUGAUUUUUUUUAUCAUUUCUUUGAUAACGUGACCUGAGUUUGACAAAAAUUAAUUUGUUGCAAUGGCCUUUUCAUUGAAAGUGUCCAGAAUCGCUGGAAAAAGCUUGAGAUUCUACACAAAUAGUAAAAAGUUUAACGACGUCGUGAUCGUAAGUGCAACAAGAACUCCAAUUGGAUCAUUCCAAUCAUCAUUAUCAGCGUUAUCAGCUACACAACUUGGUGGUAUUGCAGUAGAAUCUGCAGUGCAACAAGCUGGAAUAGCUAAAGAAGAUGUUGAUGAAGUUAUUAUGGGCAAUGUCGUCGCAGCGGGAUUAGGUCAAGCACCAGCGCGACAAGCAGCAAUUUUUGCCGGCUUACCAACAAAUGUCUGUUGUACUACAAUCAACAAAGUUUGUUCUUCUGGAAUGAAGAGUGUCAUGGUUGCAGCUCAAACAUUAAUGUUAGGUCAAGGUCAAGAAGUUAUUGUUGCAGGUGGAAUGGAAUCAAUGUCGAAUGUUCCUUUUUAUCUUAAACGUGGUGUCACUCCUUACGGUGGCGUUAAUUUAGCUGAUGGAAUUGUUGUCGAUGGAUUGUGGGAUGUCUACAAUAAAAUUCAUAUGGGAAACUGUGGCGAAAAUACAGCUAAAAAGUUAAACAUCACACGACAACAACAAGAUGAAUUUGGAAUUUCAAGUUACAAACGUUCAGCAGAAGCGUGGAAAAAUAAAAUCUUUGAUGCUGAAGUUACGCCAGUGAAAAUUCCUCAAAAGAAAGGAAAACCGGACAUCAUUGUCACCGAAGAUGAAGAAUUCAAACGAGUAAACUUCGAGAAAUUCGGACAACUUAAUACAGUUUUUCAGAAGGAAAACGGAACUGUAACUGCUGGAAAUGCAUCAACAUUGAACGAUGGUGGAUGUGCUUUGGUCUUGAUGACAGCUGAAGCAGCUGAAAAACAUAAAUGUAAACCAUUAGCAAGAAUUAUUGGGUUUGCUGAUGCUGAGACUGAUCCAAUUGACUUUCCAAUCGCACCAGCUCUCGCGGUUCCAAAGCUUUUAGAACAAACUGGUGUAAGAAAACAAGAUGUGGCUUUGUGGGAGAUAAAUGAAGCGUUUUCAGUUGUUGUUCUUGCAAACAUGAAAGUACUUGAUUUGGAUAUUAAAAAUGUGAAUGUCCAUGGUGGUGCUGUAUCACUUGGACAUCCUAUCGGAAUGAGUGGAGCUCGAUUAGUAACUCACUUGACUCAUAACUUGAAGAAAGGCGAAAUCGGUUGCACUUCUAUUUGUAACGGAGGUGGCGGCGCAUCUUCAAUGUUAAUCGAAAAACUAGGUGAUGAAUUGCAAGGUAAACUUCCAGUAAUCACACUUUAUACUCAUGAUCAUUGUUCACUCUGUGAUGAUCUUGUUGAAGAGCUGGAGAUUCGAUUCAACAGACGAUAUCAAUUGGAGAAAGUUGACAUUACAAAAAAAGAGAAUUUAAAGUUUCUUCGACUUUAUCGACUUGAUAUUCCAGUUUGUUUCUUGAACGGAGAAUUUUUAUGUAAACAUAGACUUAAUCAUGAUCUCUUAGAGAGAAAACUUAAAGAAUAUGAAAGUCUUCGAUAA